CUCCUCCUUCUCAAGCAAUUCGCCAAUCCCAAAGGUGCCUGUGACGAAGCAGGAACCGCAAGACGCGAGGCCAUUUACCACCGAGAUAACCUCUUCCAGCUCUCUAGGCGUCGUGCCGACAAGAUCGCCACGAUGCCGGUUCCGUUCGAGACGCUGAUUCCCUAUGGGAUCAUCAUCGCUAUGUUCGGCGUGACGGGCGCUGGGUUGAACAAGGUUAAAAACUGGUCAAGCGGCGGCAAGAAGCACAGGUGGUCUAUCGACCAGUGGGACAGGCAAAUGAUGGACCGCGAUAGGAGACUUACGGGACACUUGCGAGGCCAAACAGACAACCCUAUAGCGCCUCCCGGAUUCGAGUUAAAUAAUCCCUGGAGGGUCGAGAGACGGUAUUCAUAGGACGCAGCAAGUCAACUUAGGCACGAUUCGAUAGCACCUUU